CUUUCCGCGUGUGUGUCUCCUCGACCCCUCAAGACAGCCGAUCAUGGGUAUCUCGCGAACCAACAUCCACAAGCGCCGCGCCACCGGCGGUCGCAAGAAUGCGAUCCGCAUGAAGCGCAAGUACGAGCUCGGCCGUCCCCCAGCCAUGACCAGGCUGAUGGGCCCCAAGCGCAUCCGUCCCGUGCGCACCAUGGGUGGCAACCAGAAGUUCCGCGCUCUUCGUCUGGAGACCGGCAACUUCUCCUGGGCCAGCGAGGGUGUCUCCCGCAAGACCCGUCUGAUCGAUGUCGUGUACAACGCCUCCAACAACGAGCUUGUGCGUACCAAGACCCUUGUGAAGAACGCCAUCAUUGCCAUUGAUGCCACCCCCUUCAAGUCGUGGUACGAGACCCACUACGGUGUGCACCUCGGCAAGAAGAAGGCCAACGAGCCCGAAACACAGUUCUCCAAGUCGGCGAAGAAGAAGCACGCCGCCCGCAAGAAGUUCCAGAAGCUCGACCCCAAGCUUGAGGAGCAGUUCAACUCUGGCCGCCUCUACGCUUGCAUCGCGUCUCGCCCUGGCCAGUCUGGCCGCUGCGACGGCUACAUCCUUGAGGGUAAGGAGCUUGAGUUCUACCUCAAGAAGCUCAAGGCCAAGCGCUAAGUGCCUCACCAUUGCCUCCCCCCAUCUCUUUGGCUGUCGUUUGUGUUGCUUGGGCUGCUGUGUGGAAAUGGACAAUACAUGACAAAACCACACACA